UGAAGAAAUUACUCUUGCAGAAAAGUAACACCAGUGAUUAGGAAUUUUUGCAUGACCCUUUUUCAUGAUUUUGUGAAAGCAGUUGGCAAUAGAGCUUCUCCGCAACUCAUAAUUUGAUGAGCAAUAUGAAUUUCUAUAUUCUUCAGUGGUGUAGACAUUGACUGCAUAGUGCACACCUGGAUUUUUUUCCUUCUAAUAGUGAAUAUAAUUGAUGCAGAAAUAAAUAGUCUAAAAUAGAAACAAUUAUUGUUAUCACAAGGCAAUUGAAAGAAGAAAUGAAAACUUUGGUCAAAAUAAUCAAUGGAUUAGUGUUCCAUGAGGGUAAACCCAUAAUGCGCUCACAUCAUGCUCAAUGGAAACAAAAGCAGGCAGAUCUUGCCAGAAGGAAAAAACUCUACAACUUAUACAAAAUAAAGCAAGUUGUACGAGAAACUGGUGUUACUGAAUGGUACGGAUGCACUAAAGACUCAGUUCGUUGCUUCGGGACCGUUUUAGAUUCUAUGCCUUCGUACCUAUAUGAAAACAAAUGGACUCCUCCCUGCUGUUUGGCAAACUUGAGGAAAACUGCUCGUCACACUUUCAAUACGCUAGAUGAGUCGGGAAUCAGGUAUUGGCUUGAAGCGGGCAGUUUGCUUGGGGCAAUGAGAAGCGGUGAUAUUUUACCUUGGGAUCAUGAUGUAGACGUAGGCUUCAUUAGAGAAGAUUUAUUGAGAUGUAUUUGGCUGAAGAAAGCGAAUGAUAGACCAGUCGUAGAUUCCAAGGGAUUUCUUUGGGAAAAAGCUACAGAAGGAAACUUUUAUCGGGUCCAUUUCAGCAGGACAAAUAAAAUUUAUGUUAACUUGUUUCCGUUUUAUUCUAGAAAUGGAUCUAUGGUUAAAGAUUCCUGGUUCACUAGCCAUAAAAAUAUGGAGUUUCCAGAAAAUUUUUUGCAUCCCAUGUCUAGCAUUGACUUUAUUGGUAGGAAUGUACCUAGUCCAAAUAAUAUUAGAGACUUUUUAGAACUUAAAUUUGGUAGGGGAGCUGUUGAGAAUCCAGAAUAUCCUGAUCCUGUUAAAAAAAAGUUCCCUUAAGUGACUGAUUCAGUUUGAUCAUGAAUUUUUUUUAGGUGGAGUCUCAGUUAUUAAAAAAAACAAUUUCAGUAGCUAGAAUGUAGUUUUUUUACAAUGUGAUUUCAGAUAUUUCGUCCAAAGGACAAUGUUCUAAAGACAAUAUUAUAAUUUUUCAAUUGUGAUUAGAAUUUCAUGAAUAUUAGUCAUAAACCAUGCACAUGUAGAUUGCAAAUGUAUUCUUAUAGACUUCUACAAAAAAUCAAGAUAUUCUCUAGUAAAUCUAUACUAAUGCAUCAACAUUCGGCAAGGAAUUUAAUCGCUCAAUCAUCAUAAAAUUCAGAUAGCAGACAAGGUAUAAUGAUAUUAUAAAUUAUAUCUUUUCAUUAUCAAAAUGUCAUUUACAUGAAAUAUCCAAAUUUUGUAUUGAAAAACUUCAUGAAAUGGAAUAGACUAGAUGUUUUCAGUAUUUAUUAUAAAAAUGCAUCGAGUGAGAUUUUUGGUUUGUUAUAGGACAAGUAGUGAGAUAGACAUUUCAGUAUUAGAUGUUCGUGUUUUCAAUAAUUCGGUAAAAUAUGUGCCAAUGACUAUUGUU